CAAAAAAACCCAAAAACUCAAAAAAUUCCUCCACCUAACUUUUACUUUAUUUUGGUUUAGAGAUAAAAUGCAUGCAAAAUGGAUUAAUUUUUAUUUUAAAACAUCUUAAUUGAACAGCUUAAUUAAACUCAUACUGGUGCAUUAAAUAGUCCUUUUCAAACUCAUUUACAUUUUAUCAGGCAUCUGCAGGGCAAGUAAGCCACUUAACUUUUCCUUUGAUUUACACCCUGCAUAUUGCAGGUGAUAAGAAAAUGAUUUAGUAUAUAGGCUGGAAAUACAAGAAUUUUAAUAAUAUGGUUUUCACUUUGUUGCUUUCCAAUAUCCUGAUUACAGGCCUACUCUUAUUUUGGCUUUGGUUAUUCUAAUAAAAAUGUUCUUGUAAGGGGCAGAAAGAAAUGUGUUUAGAACAGGGUGCCAUCAAUAGGCAAUCUGCUCAGCGUGACUUGAAUUUGCUUCGAAUACCACCAUUACCCAUGAAUCUCCCCUGAGGUAUCUCUCACUUCAUAAAUGAAUAUGUGGCUUUAUAUCAGGAAACCAUUUCCUGGGUUUAUGUAUACCUGCUGCUGUUUUAGAAAAUCAGCUUAAAGACAAGAGAAGGCAAGCGUGCAGGCAAGGUGAAUUUGCCUUGUAAUUUUACAACAUUUUGGCUAUUUGCUAUUUGUUUUUACCUCUGAAGAGAAUUAUUACAUAAACCCAACAUCCUUUAUUAGUAAAAACAAACUUUUGUGUUGCCAGAAGAAAGUUUAUGUUUAUAAACCUUACUGACUGAUUUUACAAAAGAGCAGGGGCUGCUUGCCUUACUCUCCAAGUCUGUCGUGCCCAUUUCCUCAUGGAAAUAAAGUGACCCUUUCAAGUCUGGCACACACUGUCCUUCCUAAGGUGUGAAAAAGUGUUGGAUUUCAAUAGCUUUCCUCUGAAAAUACUCUGACAGGCAGUGUGUUUUAACAAUACAAUUUACUCAGAAGCACCUGACUUUUCAAUUUCUCAAAAACGGUUUCAGCGUUCAUUUCAGUGUGAGGUUUCCCACAUAAGGAGAAUAAAAUGGCUAAUGAGAAAACUAACGCGUUACCCUGUUUUGGGAGCUGCUUUUUGGGAGGUGUGAAUCCGUGGUCUGCCUGGCUCACUCACCCUGCCAGGUCUGACUGAGGAGUUAGUUCCCUUCAGCAGUCAGCGGGUGGCAGCAGCAGAAUUUAAAGGGCGUUCACAUGUGCAAAAUCACAAUAGCCAGAGACCUUAAAAUCUUUGGGAGAAGGUAGCUGGUUUACGGUUUCUGCUGCUACCUUCCCUUCUGUGUACUAUUCUCCUUUUUUUCUUUCUUUCUAUCCUCCUGCCAAAUUCACCUGAGCCUUACCAGAAGGAGAGGCAUUAAGCCUACAGCCUCCACAGACUGGAAAUUUUGCUGUUUCAUUUUCCUUAGAGAAUAAUGGUGUUAUCUCUUCGCUUUAGCAAACUGGAAAAUGGAAAUGAAGAGAAAUACAACAAAGCUGCUGUGGCUCUUGAUGUUCUCGGAUAUUGUGCUAUUCAGCUAUGAGAAAUCACUGCGAGAGAAAACUAUCGAGCUGAUGCAAGAUGCACGUUUGAUCGAUGGCCACAAUGACUUGGUACUGCGGCUGAGAAUAUUUUACCAAAACAGACUCAGUACAGUCAACCUAAGAGAACUCAACAAGACCCACACAAACCUUGCAAAACUUCAAGCUGGUUUUGUGGGAGCUCAGUUUUGGUCAGUGUAUGUUCUUUGCAGCGCUCAGAACAAGGAUGCUGUGCGUCUGACCUUAGAGCAAAUUGAUGUUGUCAAGAGGAUGUGCAACAGCUACGAAGAGCUUGAACUUGUGACAACUUCCCAAGGUAUCUCUGACAGUAGAAGGAUUGCGUGUUUGAUUGGCAUAGAAGGUGGUCACUCCAUUGACAGCAGUCUGGCAACACUGAGGAUGUAUUAUGACCUUGGUGUUCGUUACAUGUCUUUAACACAUUCCUGCAAUACACCUUGGUCUGAAUCAUCAUCUAAAGGAAUGCACAACUUUUACCCCAAUGUUAACGGUCUGACUGCAUUUGGCCAAGAAGUGGUAAAGGAGAUGAAUCGUCUGGGUAUGCUGGUAGAUUUAUCUCAUACUUCAGAUAUGACAGCUAAAGCUGCACUGAGUAUCUCAAAAGCGCCAGUAAUUUUUAGCCAUUCCUCAGCGUUUUCUGUUUGUAAUCACUCAAGAAAUGUUCCUGAUGAUAUCCUCCAGAAAGUGAAAAAGAACAAGGGAAUUAUCAUGGUGACUUUCAAUGCAGAUGUACUGGCCUGUGGCAGAAAAGCUGUUAAUGUUUCUAUCCUUGCAGAUCAUUUUGACCACAUAAAGAAAAUUGCAGGUUCAGAAUCGAUAGGAAUUGGUGGUGACUAUGAUGGAGUAGAACGUUUCCCUGAGGGAUUGGAAGACGUUUCUAAAUACCCUUCUUUGAUUGAGGAACUUCUUAGAAGAGGAUGGAACGAAACUGAACUGAAAGGAGUCUUAAGGGAGAACUUCCUCCGUGUCUUCAGAGAAGUGGAAAAUGUGAGGAACCGUAGCAGACUAAUGGAUGUAGGUGAAAGUGAAACUCCACAAGAAGUACAAAACUCCUGUCGCCUAGACCUACAUAAUCAUCAGCCUCAGGAAGUCAGGUCCUUUGGAUUUUCUUCUGUGGCACAGCCUUUGAGUCUGACAUUUGUAGCUAUAUCACAUUUAAUACUGUAUUAUGAAUUGUGAGACUUAUGGACCCUUGAGAGAGAUAUAUGGAGGAAUUUGGAAUGCAACUAGUUAUCUUUUGGGGAUUUUGUUAAUGUAAAGCUAUGCUAAAUUUUUUACUAUCAUUUCUUUAAAUUUGCCUGCAUACUUGAAAGUUUUUAAAUGCUGUUGCAAAAGUAUUUGGAUUUUAAAGUGAUAACUUCUAUGUCAUCCUGGCUAAACCAGGACUAACAUUGUUAAUGGAAAGUAUUCACAUCUAAUGAAUAAAUACUCUAACACAUGCUGGA